AUGAACCGUUACCUGUCCAUCUUUCUUGCCGGGUUUUGUUUACUGACCGCUAUAUAUCUGCAAACAGGAUAUUGCUCAUCUAAGAAUAAAGGUUAUGAGUAUCUUCGGUCACUGAACAAAAUUCCAAACGAUUCAUAUAUCUUGGUACACACUCUUAGUGGUGAGGUUUUGUGUGUCCAUAGACGCUCAGGUUUUGUAAAGUGGAGGUUGCAUUCUGCUUCUGCUUUGCGUGCAAGUUACAAUAAUGGGCCAGUACUUGUUGUAGACCCAGUCAGUGGCUCUCUAUAUGAAUAUGCUAGUGCUGUAUCUGAUUUUCUGUUUCAGCAGCUUGAGCAUUCAAUUAUGGGACAUGUUCGACGUUCUCCAGCAUAUUACAGGAACUUCCUGUCCCUAGGUUCUAAAUCCGACUUUUGGAUUUCUGUGGAUAUGAAUACGGGAAAGAUUAUUGAAUCUGUCUUUCAAGACUAUGUGGAUAAAUGUCCAACCUCACUAAACAGUGGGAAUAUGAAUACUCUCCAAAAUUCUACUAAACAACAGGUUGAUAUUAUUAACCUUGGAAGAACACAAUAUAACCUCGUACUUCGUGAUCGAUUUACUGGAUCUGUUAAGCUUAACAUCACCUAUAAUACGUUCGCCACGCAUACGGAAGCUGAUCUACAAAAUUAUGACUUACAGCAUGUAGCCAUUACACAACCGGCUUUGUUGACUUUUGAAGGACCUAAAUUAAUUUGGAGUCUACCUUUAUCAUCUCCUGUAAUCGGUAUGUAUGCGGUGUGGUCACCAUCAUCGGAUUCAUCAUCUAGCCUUCAUAAUAACAAUAUGCCGAAUGCACAAAUGCAUGAAGAAGCUCCCAGUUAUGGUGAUCCAUCAGAUGACGAAGUAGUAACAACGACAUUUCAAGAUUCUAUCAUUACUGAAUCUAAUGAGAACAAUAAGAAGAACAAUGUAAAUGACAACAACAGUAACAGACCAUCACAGAAGGAAGUAGUUCAAUUACCACGAGUACUUAGACGGAUUGCAUUCACAACUUAUGCAUUAGAUCUACGUAAUAUAUCUAGUUUUCCAGAGGAUCGAAUUUAUGAUGAGAUUGAGGCAAAAUUUAGUGGAACAUUGGAUUUAGCACCUUCAUUGUACAUUGGACGGUCGAAAUCAGCUCCAGUUUAUGCUUUAUUGUGUGUAGCAGAGGCUACAUUAAGAUUACGUGGUUUACGUAGAGCUUCUGAAAUGUAUAUGUUAGAAGGCCCAAAAAAUUUGAUCGUUGUGAAUAACAGUCAACAAGAGACUACUACUGAAUCAGAUAGUAGUAGUGGUACUAAUCGUACUGACGAUAAUUGGCCAACUGGUCUGAUCGGUUUAUAUGAAAUGCCUCCAAGCUAUAAUAGAGCAUGGGAUAAUAAUGAAAUGGAUGAUCAAUUCAUGCCUAUGCGUAAACGAGGCAAUCGAUUAAAGCGUUUGUCGUCACUGUCAUCAGAUGCAUCUACAAUGUGGGCUAUCAUUGUGCCUCCACCAAGUCCAUUAGCAAGUCCUACAGAAACUGUAAAUACAUCGGAGAUCACUGUAUCACAGGAUUCCGCUGUCAUUGAUACCCACAAAAAUACUAAUGACAGUAGUCAUGCUGAGGAUAGUCAUCUUAAUCACAGACCGCUAUCCAAUUCUCGUUGGCUACUUUGGUCUACAUCUUUACUCUGCACUAUUCUGUGUAUAAUUACCGUUUGGAUAUUAUUUCUAAGCUUUUUUACGAAGUCUAGAAAGACCUACAGUACGAUACAACAUACUAAAUAUUUUGAAGUAGUACAUACCAUAUUUUCAAAGUUGUUCAUUUUGCAUCAUAAUAAGAAUCUUAAUUUUUCGACGAGUACGCAUACAGAGAAAACUAAUCUGUCAACAGAAAUGCAUCUGACAAUACCAGGUUUCCUACCUCCACAUUUCGAUACACCAGAUUCUAGUGGUUGGGCUGGAUGUUCAGCGCAGGAGGCUGGUCAACCGGAACCGAUUCGUAUUAAUUUAAAUGAAGUUUUAGGCCAUGGUGCAAAUGGAACUAUGGUAUUUGCUGGAACUUAUGGUCCACAUGAAACAGCUGUUAAGCGUAUCGUAAGACAUCCUUUAUUAGAGAAGCAUUGGCGUCGUGAACAUGCUAUACUGUUGCGACAUCAACAUCCACACUUGGUUCGUUGUUAUUGGACCGGUAGUACAGCAAAUUUCACUAUUUAUACAAGAGCUCCACCACCAUCAUCAUCUGAUUGUACUAACCCAACUAAUCCUACUAAGACAUCACUACUUGAUGAUUUAGGUUUAACUCCAGUGGAAAUCAUUCAUCAAUUUAUUUCGGCAGUUGCAUGCCUUCAUCGUAAUCAUAUUGUCCAUCGAGAUUUGAAGCCGAGUAAUAUACUCAUCGUCAUGAACGAUAAUCAUAAUAGUACUAAUACUGGUGAUAAUAAUAAUUCUAGUGAGAAAGCACGCAUUGUCGUUGGAGAUUUUGGUUUAUCUCGUCCUCUGUCAACAGAUGAACGUCAACAACCACACGACGCAACCCUGAAUUCAUUUGGACCACAUAUUUCUAUGAAAAUUCAACAAAUGAAGAGUCGUUCAUCAGGCCAUACAUCAAAUAACAGUAUCAGUAGUGAUCGUUAUAAUUCAGUUGGAUCCGCAGAAAUAAAUGAUCAUAAUACUAGUAAUGAUGUCUAUGGCAUAUGUGUAAGGUAUCACAAUCAAAAGGAGCAUAAUCCUACCACGACUACUAUUGAUAAUAAUGACGUUAAGAAUAUUGGUUCAAAUGGAUGUGUUAGUGUUGGUGGCGACAUUAACAGUCGUGAAUCGGAUAACAGUGUAUGCUUUACCUUUGGUACACUUGGUUGGAUGGCACCAGAACUUUGUGAUAUGGAAUCAGCGAAACAAGUGACAUGUGCUAUUGAUAUAUUUGCCUGUGGUCUGUUGGCUUUCUAUGUUCUCACUCAUGGUAAACAUCCUUAUGAUCCAUAUGACAAAGAAUUUACCAAUGAAUAUCAUACUGAGAACAGUAUACAGUCGUCUGCUAUCUCAAUCUCUUCCUCUACAUCUUCCUCAUCUGUAACUAAUAGCUCGUCUAUUGGGAAUGAAAUUCAAUCAUUUAGAUGUACUCUUUUAAGCCGACAACAUGAAAGGCAAUUGGCGAUAGCUGAACGUUGUCAGCCGAAUUUGGAUAUAUUGACAGAUAAUCCAACAAAUGUAUGUGAAAGUUAUUUAUCCCGAUAUCUUAUCCAAACAAUGCUUUCAUCGAAUCCAAACGAUCGACCUACAGCUGAAGAGAUCACUUAUUAUCCAUUAUUUUGGUCACCGAAUAAAGUGAUACGUUUUAUAUCGGAAUUGUCAGACGUUAUGGAUAUCAGAGAUCAUUCAUUUGAUCGUUCUUUACAAAAGACUUUUAUAACUUCAAACUCUUCUACAGAUGAAGGUGUCAGCGAUUGUAUCAAGGAAAGUAAAGACACCGAUAAUAUCACGAACCAAAACAACAAUCCCACUAACAUGAAAACCAAUCUAACCCCUCCACAAAUACAGCGGUUAACCAGAAAGUGUUUUAAUAAAUAUCAUCAUCAACAAAUGUUGUAUGACCUUGAUCGGUAUACCAAUUGGGUAUUCAAUAAGCAUUGGUUUGCUAGAUUGGAGCCUGAACUUGUCAAUGAUUUAUUGAGUACUAGGGGUUAUCAGGAUACCUCUCUUUUGUAUCUUCUUCGAGCUAUUCGAAAUAAACGCAAUCAUAUCUGGUCUUUGCCUGAUAAUAUUCGUGCUAUUCUCGGAUAUAGUCAAGAAGGCAUGGCAACCUAUUGGACAAAUCGUUUCCCUGCGCUUCUUCCGAUUAUCUAUGGUUUGUGUAACAAACAUUUUACUGGGAAUGCUAAUUUCUCAGAAUUUUUGCCUCCCAAAUCUAUAUGUAAAGUAUUUAUUGGUGCUCCGGUAAAUUGUCUUUGGUGGCCUAUUUGGAAUACUGAUGAUAACUGUAAGACAAAUGAAAAAUUAGAUGAACAAGGCGACAAGGUGAACAUUCAUACUUAUCGAUGUAGUUCUAGCGGAAGACAACCAACUAAAUCGGAUUUGACUGGAUGGAAACGUGGUGAAGUUGUACUUGCAUAUUCUGAGGAACUGUAUAAAGAAUAUGACAGGCCACCGGAUGUUAUGAAAAAAUUCAAUACGAUCUCAGAAAAGAACAGACAACAACAACGUGAUAUGAGUUUAGACGUAGACUCAAAUGAUGCUAUAACUAUUACUAAUAAUAGUAAUCAUCGACGUCGUAGACCUAAUCAACCUAAAAAGACACGUCCGUGUAAAAAGCGUAUUAGUAUACAACGACGUGAAAAUCUGCUUGCAUUAGCUGGAAGUGAAUUAUCCUCUACAUGA